CAGACACCUUAAAUUUUGUGAUUAUUUUAACGCUUAUUUCCCUCAAGAUGGUAAAGUCAGUGAUUACGUUAAGAUCACAUGUCCAAUGUUAAUAUUGCACGGGGACAGGGACCCGAUGAGUACGAUAGAGCACCCGGAGACUUACAUGAAGCACAUAAAGUCGGCAAAACUACACCGAUUCCCAAAUGGCAACCAUGACUUACACCAAAGAUAUUCGGCUUCAUAUAAAAAACUUGUUGAAGAAUUUCUGCUCAAU